UAGGUAGCACAGAGUACAUAUCUAGGUACCAAAUCAAAUUAAACCAAUGUAGGUACACAAGACAAGACAUAAAAAUAAAAGUAAAUUUAUCAUUAAUUUGUGAAUUUUGAAUAGUAAGAUAUUAGGUAAUUUAAAUCCAUUCUCUUCGGAGGAAAAAAUAAAGCUAUGGGUGGUCAUUGUCACGAGCCUGCCUACAAAAUCCCACCUUACACGCAGUUCAAAGUUAAGGGUAUCCCAGAGCUCGAGGAACUAGAGACAGCUCUUGCUAAGAAAGGACUUAAGGAUCCAUGGAUCAGAAAUGAAGCCUGGCGGUACGGUCCUGCUUGGGGCACCAGAUUGGGCCGUGCCGGCAACUUUUUCUUCCGGGGUCUCCCCAUCGGGCUGGCACUGACCAUCGUGACCGUGGGCAUCGAGAAGGCACUUGGAGGAGACGACGGACACCAUGGAGAAGGAGACCAUCACUGAUUUUGUUUAGUCUAUAGUUUAUAGAUAAUAUUGAUUUAUUGCAGUUCUUACUUUGGUUCAGUACUUUGGGUGAAACUACCUUUGAAUAAAUUUUAUUCAGAUCUUGUA